UAGAAAAGUGGAGAGUCUCCAGAAAACCAGGAAAUAAACAGAAGGAGAGAGAGAGAGAGAGAGAGAGAGAGAGAGAGAGAGAGAGAGAGAAAUCGGAAAAAUGAGAGGAUAGUUGCAAAAUGGCUGUCAGAUUCCAGGAUCAGUUCCCAGAAAUGGAAGAAACUCUGAUCUGGGAGCAGCAUACAGUGAUGUUAUAUAGGGAUCCAAAGAUAGGAUUUGGCAUUGCAAUAUCUGGAGGGAGAGACAAGCCCAACAGCAGCACAGGGGAGACCGCCAUUUUGGUUUCAGAUGUCAUUCCAUCAGGACCAGCUGAAGGAAAGAUUCUGAUAAAGGACAGAAUCGUGAUGGUGAAUGGCGUUUCCAUGGAAAAUGUACUUUCUUCAUAUGCCAUCCAGUGUCUGAAGAGUUCUGGAAAGGCUGCUAACAUUACUGUGAAGAGGCCUCGUAAAGUACAGAUCCCGGUGACUAAUUCAGCACCACCAGGAGGAUCCUUCUAUUCAAACCACUCAAAUCAAUCCGACUACGCGCACGAUGAUGCCUCUGAUGAGGAUGAGGACUAUGAUCCCGCUGACAGGAAUUUACGAAGGAGUCAGAACCAAAAUUUGUACCAUGAGGACUAUCGACACAGUGACCCGGACCAGUACUCUGACAGGGACCACAGCUACAAUCGAAGUCCAAGUCCCUCAAGGAGUUAUGAUCGAAGCCCUAGCCCCUCAAGGAAUUACAACCAUCAACACAACAACCAUAACCACGAUGACAGGGUGUAUAGGAGAGAAGGCAGCCCAGCCUGGAGCCACCAUGACGAGACUCACCAACCUGCCAUAAAGAAACCCAUCAAGAGCUUCCUCAUUAAAAAUAGUAAUAAUGAAGAAUAUGGAUUGAGGUUGGGAAGUCAAAUUUUCAUUAAACACAUGACAUCAAGUGGUCUUGCCUCAAAAGAAGGGGUCUUACAAGAGGGAGACGUCAUACUGAAGAUUAAUGGUAUAGUGACAGAGAAUAUAUCUUUAGAAGAUACAAAGUCAUUAAUUGAGAGAUCGGAGGGAAAGCUGAGGCUGGUGGUUCUUCGGGAUAACGAACAGUUUCUGGUCAACAUCCCAGAGCUGGAGGACAGCGAGGAAAACAGCUCUGGACUGGAAGAUAUUUCAGAUUUGGAGCCUGAACGAUCAGAUUCACCCCCCAUCAUUGGACCAGAUCCAGCCAACAAAAUGAAGACCAACGAAAGCCUCAGACCAAGCAAAAACCCAGUGACAGAGAUGGGUUUCAGUCCUGUACCCACUAUACCCCAUUACGUCAUUGAGGAUGCAACAUAUGCUGUCCCUGUAAAGGCAGCAAACAGAAGACCACCAGAUGAGUAUAAUGUUGGUUACAGCCCAGCCAUGAAGGUUGUGAGGUUUGUGAAGGAUGCCAAUGUUGGCUUGCAGCUGGCUGGAGGCAACGAUGUUGGAAUAUUCGUUUCUCGGGUUCUCGAAGACAGUCCUGCUGCCAAACAGGGAAUCCAGACAGGAGAUCAGAUUUUAAAGGUGAACGACGUCAGCUUUCAAAACCUCACUCGUGAAGAGGCAGUGCUGCUUAUGCUGGACAUACCAAAGGGACAGCAAGUGGAGAUUAGAGCUCAGAGGAAGGAAGACAUUUUUAAAAAAAUGAUCAACUCAAAUGUUGGUGACUCUUUCUACGUGCGAACCCACUUUGAACACGAAGUGGAAGGACCUCAGGAACUAAGCUUCAGGAGAGGUGAUGUAUUCCGAGUCAUCGACACGAUGUACAAAGGGAAGUUGGGAGCGUGGUAUGCUGUGCGAAUUGGCCGAGACCUUACGGAGCAACAGAGAGGCACCAUCCCCAACAAGAACAGGGCUGAACAGAUUGCCAAAGUUGAAAUGCAGAAAGCUUCAUCGAGUACCUCAGCUGGAGCUCGGGCAGAGUUCUGGAAAAUGCGUGGCCUGAGAGGGGCCAAGAAAAAUAUCCGGAAAAGCAGGGAUGACCUUUCAGCCUUGACGAUCCAGGGCAAGUUUCCACCCUACGAAAGGGUUGUCCUGAGAGAAGCCAGUUAUAAAAGGCCUGUGGUGAUUCUUGGACCAAUUUCAGACAUUGCUACUCAAAGUCUGGUCAGCGAGCUGCCUGACCAGUUUGAGCUUGCCCAAACGAUGCCGAGGAAUUCUGAAGAGGGAUCAUCGUCCAUCAUCAAACUUGAAACUGUGCGACUUAUCUCUCAAAAGAACAAACAUGGACUACUUGACAUCACACCUUCUGCUAUUGAGCGACUAAACUAUGUGAAGUGGUAUCCGAUUGUGGUGUUCUUCAAUCCGGACAAUAAGCAGGAGGUAAAAGCCAUGCGGCAGCACCUCUUCCCUCAGUCACGGAAAAGCUCUAAGAGUCUCUACGCACAGGCUGUAAAACUGAGGAAGUACUGGUCUCAUCUCUUCACAGGUACAAUAAACCUGAAUUCUGGUUCUAGUGCGUGGUUUGAAACACUGAAAUCAACAAUCAAAGAUCAGCAGACACAGCCAGUGUGGUUUCCUGAAGAAAAGACUGAAGAAACAGUUACUGAGGAUAUAGAAUUGAUGAAUCGAUCACACAGCGUGAGUAUGGAUUACCUGAGCUGUGAGGACAGCAGAGCCAACAGUGAUUACGAGGACACAGAUGCAGAGGGAGGGGCAUACACAGAUAAUGAACUGGAUGACGGGCUAGAUGCACCUGCAAUCACUAGGUCCUCAGAACCCGUCAGGACUGUUGCAUCUCAACUGCCCACAAUGGAAACUCAGGUAAAGCCUCAGGGUCAGUACAGGGAUCCUUAUUAUACCAGGCCAAGCAAACAGGAUCUCAAUGCAAUCAAGUAUAGACGAGAUCCCGUCUAUAGCUCUGAUGAAGAGGAUGAUGAUGAUGAAUGGAAUGGACCAGCCACCGAAUUGUAAGCGGUGUUCCGUGAAAAAAAAACACUCCACCAACAGAACAAUGUUUAAAAAUAAUCAGUGUUUAGCUACUGUUAUAUACCAAACUUUGUUUAUAACUGCUUCAUGGCUGUUAAUUUUUAAAUAAAUGUAAUAAAUAACUAAAGUAUAAGCCUUUUCUGUAACUAUGUAAAAUUAAGGGACCUCAGUGUGAUACUUAACCUCUCCAAAAAUCAAUGGACUGUUGUAUUCACCAUAGUACAUGUCUGGAUGAUUCUACAUUCAUUUCUUGGCCUGCAUGAAAUUAAUUGAUCAUCAUGAUGGUCACUUUUGGACUAUAUUAUCCUAGAAAUUAAUGGCAUGAAAGCAUUUGUUCCAUUUUGUACAUGGCUGUCACAAAAGUACCAUUAGGUAAAUCAUACUUCCCAGUUCUUGGCCUGUGGCUCUUUGGGAACUUCAUGUGCUCAUUCAGGAAUAUUUCAAAUGGGAUUGGUAAAUGUUCUCCUUCUACGUCAAUCACCACAGUAGCAUAGCAGUUAGCACAACAGUAUUACAGCUUGGGAGGUUUAAUCCUGGUGUCCUCUUUAUGGAAGGCUCAGGUUUCCUCUGGGUGCUCGCUUUCCCUCCACAGUCUAAAGCUGGACCAGUUAGUAUGUCAACUGGUCAUUGUAAAUUGUCCCAUGAUUAGGGUUAAAUCAGGGGUUACUGGCAGUGUGACUCAAAGGGCCUAUUCUACAGUGCAUCUCUUUAAAAACAAAAAAAUCAAUAACUUUUGAUAUAAAAUAAUUGCUUCCAUUCAAUUACAUGUGCUACCUAAGCAUUCAGUGGAGAACAGUGCAGAAAUAGGCACCCUUAAGAGUAGUCAGGCUCAAAGAGAAUGGAGGAACAUAAACUCACUGAUCUUUUAGACCAUAAAUAUUCCAGAUAUGACCAUGAGUUAGUGAUCUCAGCACCUUGGCUUGUGGUGGAGUUCUAAAUUACAUUAGCUGGAAUUAUUUAGUGCAGCUAUUACUGCACAUUAGGAAAAAAAUAGACAAAUCUUCUUAAAUAUAUAUAGAAAUUCUUCUACAGAUAAAUAAUCUGCUUAUGCUAAAUAAGUUUGGCUUGUCUCAAUUCCCAGUAAGCUUAUGACCAUGACAUCAAUUUUAAUUCUCAAUCGGAGAGGGCACAGGAAAUGCUGAAAAAUGCAUUUACUUUCUUUCACAGUAACUUUCAGAGCAACAUAAGUUGGGACAUUUAUGGCUGCCUUAUUUAUGUAGAAACAUCAUCAUAAUCCCUUUCAAAUAUAGCUUACUGCAGAAACUCCAGAAUCACAAGCAUCAUCUACAAGUUUUCUUGUCAGACAGGUUGUGUUUGUGUUUUUUCUUACACCAAAUAAUGAACUUUAUAUUGAUCAGACUGAUCUGUUUCUGUGAAAUAGUUUGCAUAAUACUGUCAUUUGCCAGAUUCAGAUAUCCACCCUUACUGCAAUUAUAGAGCUCUAUAAUCAAGGCAGCACAGCUUCAUAUACUAGUGGCAGUGAGCAUGAAAUGCUCUCAAGACAGCAUUGAGUGUAACAGGUCACCAUUGUCCCUGGAGCAGAACAUACAACCUUGUGAUUGAGCUACAUUGCCAGUACCAUACAAAGGAGUUCUAUUGUGUCUUUCAGCUGAACCAGGAAAACUUAAUACUGACUUUUACUGCCUGAAGUGGGAGUGUUUCCUCACCUAGACCCUAGAGCAGAGGGCAGGAAUGCUGAAAGUAUGUGCGUCACUUGCUUGACAGGCUAAGAAUUAACUCUUUAGUCCCAGCACUAAAACACAAUGUGUGGAUGGUGGGAUAAGUAGCAUUCCAGGUGCAGUUUAAGUAACUCCAGCUUGUUGAUGAGGGAUGAUAGUGGAUCACAGGUCUGUGCUGCGUAUCCAUUUCCUUAUAAUAACAGUUCUAAGUCCUGAUAUCUUCUCAUGCUAAGCAACUGUUUUUGGAAGAUUUUCAAUAUAUAUUUCAAUAAAAUGUGUAUUUUUUCUA